AUGUCUGGAAGAUUGAGACUUGCUGGAAGAGUAUUGAGGCAGGUUGAGAUCCCGGUGGCCGACCUGCCAGUGUUUCUAUGUCCUGGAAUCGUCCGAUUUCCAUCUCUGCCAACGUUGCGGACCCAGGAACGUCAACCACAUCGAUUUCAAGUCUCACAGCAGAGGCAUAUAACCUCUGUUACUUCGAUUCCUACGACAGACUCACCCAAGAUCCUGGCACCACUGCUGGAAAAAUUACCUCAACAAUGCCCAGGGUGUGGUGCUCUUUCGCAAACGGCCGACCAGGUCGCGCCGGGUUUUUAUACUCCUACUAGGAGAUCGAUAAGGAAAUAUCUGGAAGGAGGAUCCUCUUCGAGAAGAUUCGCAGAGGAUGAGAUAAUUAAGGCAGCUCUUGAAAAUGUAGCAUCAGUCGAACCUGGCAUGAGCGUGGGAGGCUUCUCUAUACCUAGUAAGCAAACCUCUUUUCCACCAGAAGCUCUUACUGACUUCUGGAAAGUUAAAGAUACAGCCCCACCAGUAUGUGAUCGAUGCCACAACCUAAAACAUCAUGAAAUCGGCGCAUAUAUACACCAUCCUUCCAUACAGUCUAUACGAGAUACCAUUUUCGAAUCACCGUAUAAAUACAACCAUGUAUACCAUGUUAUCGAUGCCGCGGAUUUUCCCAUGUCCUUGGUUCCAGGACUGCACAAGCUUCUCCAUCUCACGCCCCAAAGAUCACUCAACCGGCGCUCAAAGACGGGGAGAUUUUAUCAUGGGAAGAAAACCGAAGUCAGUUUCGUCAUCACGAGAUCCGAUUUACUAGCACCAAUGAAGACACAAGUUGACUCGAUGAUGCCGUACCUUCGAUCAGUUCUGCGAGAUGCUCUAGGGAGGUCAGGCAAAGAUGUGCGUCUAGGAAACAUUAGAUGUGUGAGUGCGAGGCAGGCUUGGUGGACCAAGGAGCUGAAGGAGGAGAUUUGGCAAAGAGGGGGUGGUGGAUGGAUGGUUGGCAAAGUCAAUGUUGGUAAGAGCCGGCUUUUCCACGAUAUAUUCCCUAAAGGGAGGAAGCAAGUAGAAACCACUGAGGACUCGAUUGAAGUAGAGGCGUCGGCAGGCUCUGGAGUGGGCGAAGAAUUUGCUGAAACAGAAGCAUUAGCAACCUCUGAGACAACCGGGGGAGACCACAAGCUACCAGACACUCUUGAUACCUCAUCACUUCUGCCUCCCGCUCCUCCAGAGACAGACUACCCCGCAAUGCCACUUGUAUCCUCUCUACCAGGCACAACCGCAUCACCAAUCCGCCUCUCCUUCGGCAACGGAAGAGGAGAGCUUAUAGAUCUUCCCGGACUUUCCCGAGGUGAUCUAGAACGCUACGUCCAACCACAAUUCCGGCCCAAUCUUGUAAUGAAAACACGAAUCAUCCCUACCCAGCAAGUCAUCAAGCCAGGCCAAUCCAUUAUACUAGGCGGUUUCAUCCGGAUCACUCCAACAACUCCGGAUGUCAUGAUAAUGGCAUAUGCCUUUACACCAAUCCAUUCUCAUCUUACAGCCACCGAGAAGGCCAUUGGCACUCAAAUGCACACCCGAGAAUCGAACGUGGAGAAUAUUUCUCUGCCAGAGACGGCCGAGAAGAUCACUUCCGCAGGGACCUUUCAUCUGAAGUGGGACGUCACUCGAGAACGUACUGGUCCCAUCACUGCCCGAGAAGCGGUCAAUAUCAAACCUGAGAGACUGCCAUAUCGCGUCCUGGCGACAGAUAUCUUGAUCGAGGGGUGCGGGUGGGUGGAAUUGGUAGCUCAAGUGCGUAAGAAGGCCUGUGAGAUGACUCGUGUUGAGUGGAGACGAGACAGAAGACAAGAUGAAAGUGAAGAGUGGGAUUCAGAACCGAUGGAUGAGUUCGAGGAAAUUGAUCCAAGCUGGCCUGCAGUCGAAGUAUUCAGUCCAGAAGGCAGAUUCAUCGCAUCAAGAAGGCCGAUAAAUGCUUGGUUGCAUAUUGCAAGCAAAUCGAACAAAGGGAAGCUACAAGGCAGACCAAGGAAGUCAAUGAAAGGGGCAAAGAAGGCAGAAAAGCGAAGAAAGGCGGAGGCUUAG